ACGGCCCCUAAGUGGAUGGUCCAAUGCGACCUGUGUGAGAGGUGGUUCCACUUCUCAUGUGCCAGGGUUGACGAGAGUGUCAGGGAUCGCAGUUUUGCCUGUGUCACUUGCGCGCUAAGACAUGGACUGGAAUCCACAAGGUCAACCGCGUCCAGUACCAAUUCGGCUAGACGACGACUGGAACUUCUUCGGUUAGAGGAAGAGAAGGAACUCCAGGAGAAGCUAUUGGCGGAACAAGUGGAAGAGGAAGCUGCUCUACAGAAGAAGAUGAUAGAAGAGGAACGGGAGCGAAGACAACGAAUCAUGCAGGGAAGGCUGGAGAUUGCAAAGCGAUACUUAAGUAAAAAAUACGAAGUAUUGCAGGAAGAGGAGAGAUCCCAAGAUGGUGGGAGUCGGAAAAGCCGUUCCAGUACUCGGAGUGUGCUCGCUGAUGUCGAGAAGUGGGUGAACAAUCAAGAUUUGGCCAUGGCGGCCGGACCCGGGACAAGUCAUAUCCCCGUCAGCGCCACGCUAAUUCCCGAAGUUGACCCCAGAACAACCGCAGCAAGCUCAACUGGCGGUGCGUUGCCGAAAGUUUCUGCCCAGGUUGGCAUUCCCAGCCAAUCCGGAUUGGCGAGUAGAGCAUUCGAUCGUAACGAAAUCUCUUCGUGGGGCGUACUGGUUCCUCGAUCCGGCCAACAUCCAGCGAAUUCUGUUCAGAAUCUCCCUUCGUCGCAACCAACAACAUCCAGUACUCCGCAGCAAGUGAGACAAAUUCCUCAUACAACGAAUCACUCAGCAGUUAUCUCUCCCCCCACGACGACACAGCAUGAUGGGCCGAUGGUGUUCGAUAUGGACAUAUCUCCAGCUCACUCCGGCGACAAGUCUAGGGCGGACUUAGAGCAAGAGAUUCGAGAUUUGAAGCAGCAGUUGGCCAGCAUUCAUCAAACAUCUAGUCAGCGCCAUUCGUUUCCCACAGCGAUCAGCAGUAGCGAGUUGGAUGCAGUGACUAGUAGCAUAAGUAUUACGACAAGUGCAGGUAUGUCAAACGUGCAAGCUCUAUUACGAACGGACCGAGAACUAGGUAGACAGGCAGACUAUCCCUUUAGUUACCCAGUUAGGACUCAGGCUCCAAAUGUUAGUAUUCCUCAGGGGUUUGUAGCACAGGGAAACAUACUGAACACUGUAGUGAACUCAAAUUCGUUGCCUCAUCGAGGCUCGAUGGUUUCGUCAAACGCCGUAGAGCUAGGGAUUCCAAACUAUGCCGGUGGCUGUUUCUAUCCGGUAGUUUCCGCCAGUCAAUCAUCGCGGCAGCACGAACUAAGUUCAGUGCAUCCUCCUAUUCGGCAUUCGGCUUUUCCGUCUGGUGCUCCCACCGGACAUUCGUUGGGGCAAUACGCACCAAACCAACCGAAUCUUCUCAAUCAGUAUCCGACAUUUUCGGUUAGUGCUCCUUCCUUCCCGUUCGUCGCGAGUGUAUCGAGUGUUCCAAAUCCGAUCGUCACACCACUACCGUCAAGCAGAACCGCUCGUGAUCUUCCAGUCCCAGCGUAUGGACCGAGUUCACAGCAAAUCGCCGCAAGACACGUGGUGCCCAAGGAGCUACCGGAGUUCACCGGCGAUCCCAUAGACUGGCCGCUAUUCGUGAGUAGUUACAACAACUCAACGCGUAUGUGUGGAUAUAGCGAUGACGAGAACCUCAUGCGUCUUCAACGGUGUCUCAAAGGGAAUGCAAAGGAGGCAGUUCGGGGACAUCUCUACCAUCCGUCAUCAGUGCCACAAGUCAUGUCAACCUUGGAAACACUCUACUGUCGCCCGGAAUUGAUUGUGAAGUGCCUGAUGAACAAAAUGUAUUCAACGCCGGCGCCGAAAGCGGACAAGUUGGAGAGCCUCAUCAGCUUUGGACUAGUCGUUCAGAACCUGUGUAGUCAGCUACAGUCCAUGGGCAUGGAUGCCCAUCUUUCAAACCCUUCGCUUCUCCAGGAAUUGGUGGACAAGUUGCCAGCCAAUAUCAAGCUGGACUGGGCCUUGUACCAACGACAGAUUCCGGUAGCAGAUUUGCGGACGUUUAGCGCGUACAUGACAACAAUUCUAUCUGCUGCCAGCAACGUCACACUCUACGCAGAGCCGGUGCGAAAGCAGGAGAAACUCAAGGGUAAAGAGAAGGGUUUUGUGAACGCGCAUACGUCGGAGCUGGAACGGAAAGUCCAGCGGGACGUCAAGACGGAAGAUGCUGGUGCUAGUGAAGUGCGCCAACCAAAGCCGUGUCUACUGUGCAAGAAGGACGGACACAAAGUGCGAGAGUGCAAUAGUUUCAAGAGCUUGUCCCUGGAGAAUCGUUGGAAGACGGCCCAGCAGCUAAGCCUCUGCCGCCGCUGCCUGAUUCCUCACGGCAAGUGGCCGUGCAAGGCUACGGUGUGUGGUGUAAGCAACUGUGAAGCACGCCAUCACAAGCUACUGCACCCGGGAAACCCUCAGGCGCCGACUAUCGAAGCAGUGUCGUCAGCGAGAAGCCAGGUCACACCCACAACAUCAGCAACAGUGAACGUUCAUCGUCAACUUCCGUGUCCGGUACUGUUCCGGAUUCUUCCCGUUACCCUUUACGGGAAAAAGAAGUCAGUCACCACGCUGGCAUUCCUCGACGAUGGAUCUUCCUACACACUAAUGGAAAAGGAGUUGGCUGAUGAACUUGGCGUUGAAGGUGAGGCCGAACCCCUGUGUUUGCAGUGGACCGGCAGUAUCAAACGAAUCGAAAAGGAUUCGCAGAACGUACAGUUGGGAAUCUCGGCGGCCGGGAACAGUCAACAGCACACACUGGAAUACGUGCGGACAGUUGAAAGUUUGGAUCUUCCCCCGCAGUCUUUGCAGUACGAAGAGAUGGCACGCAGAUACGAUUACCUCAAAGGUCUUCCCGUAGACAGUUAUCCUACCGCUACACCCCGUAUUCUGAUCGGUGUGGACAACGCUAAAUUGCUGCUGACUUUGAAGAAGCGAGAAGGGAAGUACUUCGAACCAGUUGCAGCAAAAACAAGGCUAGGUUGGACCAUCUACGGCAAAGCAGAAGGACUUUCGAGCACACCAGAACAUCGUAUUCUGCACAUUUGCGCUCGCUCAUCCGACGAACAGCUACAUGACUCAGUGAAAAACUUCUUCUCCAUCGAAAACGUUGGUGUGGCGCUAGUUCCACAAAUCGAAGCUGAAGAAGAUCGGCGAUCACGUGAGAUUCUCGAGCAAACAACUAUCCGGACAUCAUCUGGGCGGUUCCAAACAGGACUACUCUGGAAGUUCGACUGCAUUGAGUUUCCUGAAAGCCGGUUAAUGGCUGAUAAGCGACUGACUUGCUUGGAGCGGAGUUUGUGCAAGAAACCGGAGCUGUACGCAAAUGUCCGACAGCAGAUCCUCGAUUAUCAGUCGAAGGGCUACGCCCAUAAGCUUACGGAUGAAGAGGCCAGCCGCAGUGACCCCAGAAGAGUCUGGUACUUACCGUUAGGAGUGGUUCAGAACCCGAACAAGCCCGGAAAAGUCCGGGUUGUGUGGGACGCUGCGGCGAAAACCAGUGGCGUAUCAUUGAACUCCAUGCUACUGAAGGGGCCGGAUCUACUCACUUCGCUGCCAUCCGUGCUAUUCCGUUUCCGUCAGCGAGAGGUUGCCAUUACGGGUGACAUAAAGGAAAUGUUCCACCAGAUAUUGAUUCGACCGGAGGACCGACAAGCUCAGCGUUUCUUGUGGCGGGACAGUUCCAGGGAACCCAUGCAGGAAUAUGUGAUGGAUGUUGCAACGUUUGGGUCAACAUGUUCGCCAUGCUCUGCCCAGUACGUGAAGAAUAGAAACGCCGAAGAGUGGAAGCAGGUAUACCCGGACGCGGCUGCAGCUAUUGUGGAGAACACCUACGUAGAUGACUACCCAAACAGUUCGGAUUCCGUUGAGGAAGCGGCUCGUAUAGCGCUCGAGGUGAAGGAGGUUCACGCAAGUGCUGGUUUCGAGAUCCGAAAUUGGUUGUCAAGUUCUAAACAAGUUCUUCGACGGGUCGGGGAAGAAGCAUCACAAGUAUCAAAGAGCUUCAUUGCAGAAAAGUCCACCGGCUCCGAACGAGUACUAGGAAUGACGUGGUUACCAGAACCAGACGAAUUCACGUUCACUCUCAAACUACGUGAUGAAGUUUUUCAACUGUUGGCGGAGGAAUUCAUUCCGACAAAGCGUCAAGUGCUAAGAGUGGUAAUGAGCAUCUUCGAUCCUCUCGGGCUUGUUGCAGCGUUUGUGGUGCACGGAAAAUGUUUAAUCCAGGACAUUUGGAGAGCAAAGGUGAACUGGGACGAGCAAAUUCCAGAAGAAUUGGUCAGCAAGUGGCGGCGUUGGGUGGAUGUGCUGCAAAACCUUAACCAGGUGAAGAUUCCACGCUGCUAUUUCCCUGGAUACGAUCCCCGCAGUUUGGAGUGCUUAGAACUGCACGUUUUCGUCGACGCAAGUGAGGAAGCGUACGCGUGCACCGCUUAUUUCCGGAUUGUCGAUCGAGGACAGAUACGAUGCGCUCUCGUGUCUGCCAAAACAAAGGUAGCUCCUCUAAAUCCAAUGUCGGUGCCUCGCCUGGAAUUGCAGGCCGCAGUUAUCGGUGUCCGACUAAUGAAGGCGGUACAGGACAACCACUCACUCCCGAUAAGUCGUCGUGUGAUAUGGGGUGACUCAAAGACAGUGCAGUCCUGGCUUCGUUCGGACCAGCGGAAAUACCGCCAAUUCGUAGCUUUCAGAGUCAGCGAAAUUCUUAGCGAGACGAGUCUGGAAGAAUGGCGAUGGGUCCCAACACGGAGUAACGUAGCAGAUGAAGCAACGAAGUGGGGUAAAGGACCUAGCUUCCACUCCGACAGCCGAUGGUUUACAGGUCCGGAAUUCCUUUAUGAGGAUGAAUCAGGGUGGCCAGAACAGGAAUAUUCGCCACCAAACACCCAAGAAGAAAUUCGACCAAUCCACGCUCACCAUCGUGCAUCUUUGGAACCAGUAUUUGACUAUCAACGCUUCUCCAAAUAUCAACGACUGCUACGAACGGUAGGAUACGUACUGCGCUUCAUCGAUCGUUGUCGUCGAAAGCAUGCAACCGAAUCUUCCGAUACUGGACUGUCAAGAAAGGAACUGUUGAAGGCUGAACUCGUGCUGUGGCGGCUGGUGCAGAACGAAGAAUAUCCCGAAGAAGUGUUGACGAUACUCAAAAACAAGGAACGACUGCCAGGAGAAGUCAAAAGGUUGAUGAAAAGUAGCCCGUUACGCAAGCUGACAGUUUUUCUCGACGAUAACGGUGUUCUGCGUAUCGAAGGACGGAUUGAGGCAGCAAAAUUGAUUUCAUACGAAUCCAAGUAUCCUGUGGUGCUCCCAAAGCAGCACCACGUUACUCGACUGCUCGUCGAACAUUUUCAUCGGCGGUACGCACACGGUUACGGAGAAACUGUGAUCAACGAGCUUCGACAGAUCUUCCACAUUCCCAGUUUAAGAACCCUUGUCCGGCAGAUAGCCAAGCGUUGCUCAUGGUGUACCGUGUAUCGUGCUGCACCUCGGACCCCGCGAAUGGCACCUCUUCCAGCUGCGAGAGUGACCCCGUACGUGCGGCCAUUCACAUAUAUUGGCAUCGACUACUGUGGGCCUUUUCUGAUUCGCAUCGGUCGCAGUAACGUGAAGAGAUGGGUGGUACUGAUUACCUGCCUAACUAUACGGGCCGUCCAUCUGGAGGUUGCCUGCAGCAUGUCUAGCGACUCGUGCAAGUUGGCGAUUAGGCGGUUUGUCGCGAGGAGAGGAGCACCGCAGGAGAUCUAUAGUGACCAAGGCACGAAUUUCGUUGGAGCUAGCAGGGAGUUACGGGAAGAAAUAGCAGCGUUGAACCACACAUUAGCCGGAACAUUUACAAACCGAGACACCCAGUGGCGUUUCAACCCUCCAGCUGCGCCCCAUAUGGGUGGAGUGUGGGAGCGUAUGGUACGGACGGUGAAAACUUCGUUGCGGACGUUAUCAACCAGCAGAACACCGGAUGAGGAGACGUUCCAGACCCUAUUAACCGAAGUGGAAGGUAUUAUCAACUCUCGGCCCUUGACAUUCGUGCCGUUGGGAUCUGAAGACGAUGAAGCUCUUACGCCGAACCACUUCCUACUGUUGAGCUCCAACGGUGUAGUUCAACCACCACAGGAACCGGUAGCGGAUGGCGGACGAACACUAAGGACUAAUUGGAACCAAAUACGGAUCAUGCUGGAUCAGUUCUGGAUUAAAUGGAUCAAGGGUUACUUGCCCACGAUAUGUCGCCGCUCCAAGUGGUUCGACGAUACCAAGCCGGUAGAAAUUGGAGAUUUGGUGGUGGUUGUCGAAGAAGGUGUUCGGAACAGCUGGACUCGUGGAAAGGUAGUCAAGGUGUAUCCCGGUAACGAUGGCAGAAUUAGGAAGGUGGACGUGCAAACUACGAAUGGAGUGUUGCAGCGGCCGGUUACCAAGGUAGCUGUGCUGGACGUGGCUGUGGGUGGUAUAGCUGAAGAAGGCCAGCAGCAAUACGGGUCGGGGAAUGUGCGCGAGUAAGCCCACCGUGCACACUACAACUACUCCGAUCAAUCAAGUGGAUUACCUUCCAUAUUCGCUACGGCCUAUGUAGCUGACAACGGUAGGUGAUCAAAACAAAACGACGAUCAGAAACGAAUUGAAUUGCACCGUGAUUUGGCAGAAAUUAUCUUUAUUGUAAAAUACGUUUUUUCUCGCAUUUAUUGAAUUCGAUUCAGACUUAAACCUAUAUCUAAAAAACUAUUGCGGACAGACAGACAGUUAGGGAAACAGAUUAAAAGGAACUAUAAACGUAAGUAAUUAUUGAAAUAAUGCGUAAAAUAUGUUCAAAACUUAUUGAAAUACACUUCCGCAGCUUAAAGCAUUAUCCCAGAAA